UAGAGAUGUUCAUCGUGAUUGACAACUCGUCGCUGUCGGAUGGAUUGUAAAGAGUAUUAGACAAUUGAUCUGAGUUACACGACUGCAAUUAUGUUUGAAUAGAAACAGUGCUACUAAUUCAUAAGAUUCAUCCAUUAUCAAAGUAUUGUCCUUGCAUAUAUUGAAUUUCGAGUUGAGGGUGUGGGUGCGGGUUUGGAUGUGGGUAUGAGUGAGGAUAGAAGAUACCCACAAUCACACCCACACUCUUAAUAUCAAUUUAAAUCCGAGAUGUUCAUCGUCACUGGCAACUCGUCGCUACCAGAUUGUAAAGAAUAUUAGAUUAUUGAUCUACAUUUCGCGAUUAUAAUUAUGUUUGAAUAGAACUAGUGCUACUAAUUGAUAAAAUUCGUCCGUCAUCAGAGUGUUGUCCUUGCAAAUAUUCAAUUUAGAGUUGAAUUCAUGCAACUCUAUGCUUUCUCUUAAAAAAUACAUCGUAUCACGAUAAACAUCUCCGCUUUUUUAUAUAUCUGAUAAGUUUUUAUUCUAAAACAGAUCGAAACAUUCAAAGAAGGAAGCUGCUAACAAAAAUACUUAUUGCGCAUAAAGAAAUAAAGAACAUGAUUAAAAGUGAGUCCUAACAAAGCAGAUUAUUUAACAGAGUCAAAUAAAAAAAGACAUCAAACUAAUCAUGACUUAUUCAUUGACGUCGAUCAUUUAUUGACGAUGAUAGUUGAUAUCUUAUUUUCAGUUAAAACACGUCCGAUGAUUAAUGCAGAUUUUUAUCAAUUCUCUUUUCUCUUCAUCACGUUCUUCUCCACUAAAAUCAAAAAUUUUCUAUAAAAUCAAAAAAAGAAAGGGAACAUGUCAAAUUUAAAUUUAAUUCUAUUUUUUCGAAUUUCAAAAAGAACAAAAUUCAAUGACAAAUAUAAAAUUAAAUCAUCAAUUUUUUUCAUUAAUUCAAUGUAAAAUCAAUUUUUUAUCUUACCUACGACAAAAUCUUCUCUAGAACACUAUUUUUUCUCUUUGUGUUAUUUUGGAAGAAAUAAAAGCGAGAAAGAGAGAUAUAUAACUAAAGAGAAAAUCUACAACAAGUGUCAUUUUGUUUUCAUCGAAGACAAAGAAGAAGAUUAUUUUAUUAAUUAACUAAUUUAUCAAAAAGAAAUCUUGUUGAAUGAUGUGGAAUAUCUGCAUAUUUAUCAUUCUUUUUCUGUUCAUUCUCAGCAAUGAAACAACAGGUAAAUAAUUUUAUUUAUCACAUACUGAAGAUCAGCUAUUGCAUAAAAAUGACAUUAUUUGUUAGAGUUUUAGUUGAACAAAAGAGAGUCAAAUAAUAGAUUACAGUAUUCGACAGGAACUUCUGUUAUAUAUUCAAAAGUGAUGGUACUCAUCUCUUUUAGCGACUAUGCGCAAUUUUUCUAUGGUUUGAAGAAUUAGUAUAUUUUAAGUUUGAAAGUAUAAGUUAGAAUAGUGAUUGAUAGUAUUGUAGAUAUCUAAGUUUGUAUCGACUGAUAGUUUUAAAACGACUGAAAACUUGAACAUUACUGAAACGUUCUAUCGAUAUCAAAUUAAUUUGUAGAUCUUGAGACGAGAAUCAGACUCAAGAGAAAGGAAAGAAACCUAUUUCAUCAUAUUGCAUUAUAACAUAUGGAAAAAAAGGAUUAGUUGACUUUUCUAGAUAAAAUCAAAAUGAAAACAAAGUUUUGUGAAAUUAUUUGACUAUUCUGGUUUGAGAUAAGAUGUAGAUCGAUUUAUCCCAUACAGAUCACCAUCUUCAUUGUAUAAAAAAAUACUAUGAUUAUGAUAAAAUAAUUCUAUUGUGUUUGAUGUAUUCAAAGAGUUUUAUGUAUAAAAAUAGAGAUAAAAUGUGAAGUCAGUUUAUUAAAUUAUAAACUAUAGAAAUGAAUAUAUCUCCUAGAAAGAAAGAGCACAAAUUAUAAGAGAAUGUAGAAAUACUUUGCGAGUAGAAAUUCAUGAUUGAUACUACCAUAUUUGUUACUAGACUAUCAUAAAAGAAUAUUGUUAACUAAGGCAAGAUUUGAAACAAAGCUCAGAUACAUAGAAGUUUUUCUUAUGUUCAAAAAGGAAUCAAUGAUUAUUGAAAUUGUUUUCUCAAAAUAUUCAACUUGAAAUAAUGAGAGGAAAAGUUUCAUUAAAUUGAAUUAUUAUUUGACAAAAAAGUUAAAGGAAAUUGGUUUUAUUCAAUAUAAGUUUGGUUCAGAUCGAUUUCAAAUUUGUUUUGUUUAAUUUCAUGAGAAUUUAAAAAGAAAGAGAAAAAAAAUAAUUUUUUUCAAUUAAUUUCUUCGAAUGACUAUUUAAUUAAAAGUUAGCAAGAGAAUUUUCAUCUCUCUUUCACAUAUCAGAUUCAAUUCACAAUGUUUUUUAUAUGAAAAUUAGAAUUGAUUUUGAAUUUCAAUAAAAUCAUUUUCAUUCUAAAACAAUUCUUUUUUUCUCUUCUGAAUGCAUUUUCGUUGAACAAAUAAAAAAAUGAUGUGAUUAUUUCUUUUUGUCUUCAAUGAUAAUCAUAUGUUCUCAAGGAUAGAACUCUUUUAAUUCAUAUUUACAAAUCAUCCGAGAAAAUAGAACAACAAUCAUACAAAUCUUUUCAAAACUAAUUCUAAUGGUUUUUUUUCAAGAAAAACAUAAAUUGAUAACUUCAUUUUGUUCACAGUCUUCUCUAAUAUUCUCUGUAUUUUUCUCGUUUUAGCUCUUUCAUUCAAUCAACCAAAGUUUUCUCCAACAGCCACUUGGAAUUUCAAUGGAAUUACGUUUGCUAAUCACUCGACUGUUGGGGAAUUUCCUUGGGCCAUUUUUGUGACCACAAACAACACAGUUUAUGUCGCCAAUCGAGAAAUUAGCACAAUUGUAAUGUGGCUUGAAGGGAGUGUCAAUCCAACAAAGAUCAUUUCUGGUAGUUUUAUAGAACCCGUGUCUCUCUUCGUGACAUCGAAUGGUGAUAUUUAUAUUGAUGAUGGUGAGAAGAAUGGUCGAGUACAGAAAUGGAUAGCAGAUACAAAUACCUUUGUUACAGUGAUGAAUGUCAACUCAUCAUGUGAUGGUUUGUUUGUCGAUAUCAAUGAUACGCUUUAUUGUUCAAUGUACUAUCAUCAUCAAGUAGUAAAAAGAUCAUUAAAUGAUUCUGUGAUGAGUUCAAAUCGUGUUGCCGCUGGAACAGGUAUUGAAGGAUCCGCCUCGAAUCAACUCGAGGGUCCUUACGGAAUCUUUGUUGAUGUGAAUUUGGAUUUAUACGUAGCAGAUUGUCACAAUGAUCGAGUUCAGCUAUUUCAGUCGGAAGAAUCAAAUGGUAUCACAGCGGCUGGAAGUACGUCACGAAAUCCAACAAUUAAACUUCGUUUACCACGUGGAAUUAUAUUAGAUGCUGAUAAAUACUUAUUCAUUCUGGAUUCCUUCAAUAGUCGCAUUAUUGGUUCAGGCUUGAAUGGUUUUCGAUGUUUAGCUGGAUGUUACGGAUGGGGUUCACAAUCCAAUCAAUUAUCCAGUCCUUUAAGUUUUAGUUUUGAUAGUUAUGGAAACAUAUUUGUCACUGAUCAAUAUAAUGAUCGAAUUCAAAAAUUUUUACUGAUAAAAGAUUCUUUUGGUCUUUCGUUAAAUCAACCACAGUUUUGUUCAACAGCCUCUUGGAAUUUCAAUGGAAUUACCAUUGCUAAUCAAUCGAUUGUUGGUCACUAUCUCAGAGCUAUUUUUGUGAACACAAACAAUACAAUCUAUAUCACUAAUCGACAAAAUAGCACAAUUGUAAUAUGGCAUGAAGAGAGUGUCAAUCCAACAAUGAUCAUUUUUGGUAAUUUUACAAAUCCUUAUUCUCUCUUCAUGACAUCGAAUGGUGAUAUUUAUAUUGAUGAUGGUGAAAAGAAUGGUCGAGUACAGAAAUGGAUAGCAAAAACAAAUAACUUUGUCACGGUAAUGAAUGUCAAUUCCGCUUGUUCUGGUUUGUUUGUCGAUAUCAAGGAUACUCUUUACUGUUCGAUGUCCAAGCAUCAUCAAGUAGUGAAAAGAUCAUUAAAUGAUCCUUUGAUGACUUCAACUCGUGUUGCUGCUGGAACAGGUAUUUACGGAUCAGCCUCGAAUCAGCUCAAUAGUCCUCGAGGAAUCUUUGUCGAUGUGAAUUUGGAUUUAUAUGUGGCAGAUUGUCUAAAUGAUCGAGUUCAGUUAUUCCAGUCGGAAGAAUCAAAGAGUAUCACAGUAGCUGGAGGUGAAUCACUAAAUCCAACAAUUACACUUAGCUGCCCAAGUGGAAUUAUAUUAGAUGCCGAGAAAUAUUUAUUCAUUGUGGAUCAAGGCAAUAAUCGUAUUGUUGGUUCAGGCUUGAAUGGUUUCCGAUGUUUAGUUGGAUGUUAUGGAGGGGGUUCUCAAUCCAGUGAAUUGAAUAAUCCAUUUAGUUUUAGUUUCGAUCAUUCUGGAAACAUGUUUGUUACUGAUCAAUCAAAUCAUCGAAUUCAAAAAUUUCAAUAUGUCGAAGAAUCAUGUAGUAAAGAAUCAAAAAGAAAAACUAUCAUAGAAGAUAAGAAUGAAAAUGAAACUCCUGAUGGAGUUAAAACUGAAUUAUUGAUUAAUUAA